AUGCCCGGUGCCGGUAAGACGAUGAUGGCAGCCUUCGUCAUAGAUCAUCUCUUUGGAACGAUCCGAAAUGUCACCAACGGAGUUACGUACAUAUUUUGUAACUACGGAGAACAGCGAGAUCAAAAUGCCACCGGUUUACGUGGAGCAAUUCUCCAACAGCUAGUGCGGGCCCAGCGAUUAAUCCCUGAGCCUGUGUUGCGUUUGUACGAGUAUCAUUCUGGCAGAGGAACCAGAUCAUCACUCCAGGAGAUAUCCGAUACUCUGCACACUAUAUUCAGCAACUACUCAAAAGUUUACGUGGUUGUCGAUACUCUAGAUGAAUGUGCAGAUGACGGUACCUGUGCUAAGCUUCUAACCACGAUCCGGAGCCUCCAAAAGGAAUCGAGUACCGAUCUUCGUCUGAUGGUGACUUCGCGUUCAAUUCCGAAUAUUGAAGAAAAGUCGAAAGGAGAGUUAACAUUGAAAGUUCGAGCCAGUGAGGAGGACGUGAAAAGAUUCAUUGCGUGCCAGAUAUACCGUCUACUAGAAGCUGUGUAA